CUUGAUCUUGACGGCGAGUUGGCGCUUCUUCAUCACAGUCAUCAACCAGCCGGGUUCUGUUUUGCAAAAUUUUAAUUUUUACCAUUUUACAGUUAAAGCCAAUUAAAAUUUUAUGACAUAGACAGGAACGUCGACACGACGCGAUUUCGACAAGUAAAUCAGGACCACCCGACACACCCAUGCCGAAGUUAAAUGGUGUUGCUGGUAAAACCUUAGAAUCAGGACCACCCGACACACCCAUGCCGAAGUUAAAUGGUGUUGCUGGUAAAACCUUAGAAUCAGGACCACCCGACACACCGAUGCCGAAGUUAAAUGGUUCUGCUGCUGUUAAGACAGAACCACGAUCAGCCGACACACCCAUGCCGAAUUUAGAUGGUGCUGCUGCUGUUAAGACAGAACCACGACCACCGGCCACACCUGUUCCGAAGUUAAAUGGUGCUGCUGAUGAAGGCGAUGACGACAUCCAAAUUAUUGAAGCUAGUGAAGAAGCCCCCCCUGAUAAGAGAUACGUCCCGGUAUAUGAUCCACGAGCACAAGCCAUGACUGUCUUUGAUCCUGAACUUGAAGAACUCGACUUAGAGUCACCAGAUCCUGAUGAAGAAAUAUUACCCCAAUGGGCCCAGGACUAUUGGGAUCUUAAAAAGAAAACAUGAUUUCCUUGCAUUCCAUUCAAAUUAGUAUCAUUACCAAUUAAUAUUUGAAUCAUUUGCUAUUUCAUCUAUUGUUAUUUAACUAUUUUAAUUGUUCUUAUUCAAACAACUAAUUCAUGUAGCUUUAUUACUUCAUAGUGCAUGCAUUACAUGCAUUACUUUUAUACUGUGGUAUGGUAGUAAUCUCAUAUUCAUAUAAACUAAUUCUUAAAAAAAAUGUCUUCCAUGAUACAGUUCAAAAUUCAGUACAAACGAACAAACUUGUUAACUAGCUAUUAAUAAUUGAAAUUUCAAGUUAUUUUUUUGAAAAUAGAAGUCGAAGUUUUAAUGUGUGUUUUCAUGAACCUGCAAUAAAAAUUUAUUGUCAAGCUGCUACUGUAGUAGUUGGUGUAUGUAAUUGUGCCAUACACAUACACGGCGUACGAUUUUGGUCGCAUAGUGACUCGCAUGUCACAACAUUGUAUGUAGAGGUGCUCACUCACAAUUAUGUCCUGAUAAAAUACGGUUCUUGUAUUUUUGCCAAUUCAUCUUACUCCUAAUGUUCAAGCUAUAUCGUGAUUACGAGCGUAAUGGACCCAACAAUUGAAUUUGCAAGUCGAAUAAAACAUGCCUGUCGCAAUGGAUAUUUUCACGAAAUGCAACGUGUUGCGGAUGAUGCCAUGCUGCGAUUUCCAAACGAAGUUAUCUUCAAAUUCUACAAGGGACUAGGCCUACUACAACUUAAGAAGAAUAAUGAUGCCCUAAGAAUUUUCGAACCUUUGCAAAGAGAACAUUCAAUCUCAUUGGCAGCUUCGUUGGCAUCCAUCACCGCACACAAAGCUUGUGUACAAGUGGAUCGAGAGUCUGUGGCAUCCCUGGAAGCACAAAUUAAGGACAGUAAGAAAUUAUCUUCACAAGACCAAUUAUGUUAUGCCGGAAUGUUCUUCAGUCUCACUGGAAAACCAGAGAAAGCGAAGGAGUACUUGGACCAAGCACUUAAACAGCCUGGAGCUGGAUCGCAGGCAGAAAUCCUUUGUGCAAAGGGAUGGCUGGAGCUGCAGUUUGCAUGGAAAGAUAAUAAAGGAGGACAAAAACCUGCAUCCGAGUAUUUUGAAGCGGCUUUGAAAGAAAAUAGAAAACAUUUUGAUGCUCUUCUUGGACUUGCAUACAAUUUCGAGUUGAAUCACAGAUUUGAAAUGGCCAUCGAAAAACUGAAUUUGGCAAUAGCUAUUUCGCCAAAUUGGAUUCCCGCAUUUGUAGAAAAAAUGAAAGUUGUUGUCGCAGUACCGGAUUGGGAUCAAGCUCAAGAUAUUGCAAAUAGGAUUCAAAGUUUUGAAGACAACUUGGAGGCUCGCCGUGUGAAAAUUCUUUAUGUUUUAUGUCGCGAAGGGAAUCUAGACUUGGUGAUACGAAUGCUACAAGAUUUUUUUGCAAGUUGCAAGAAAUAUGAGCCCCACAAUGCCAGCUACUUUAUAGAAAAUGCGAGGCUUUUCUCUCAACUCGCCAGUUUCAGCAUGCCCGUCCUAGCAGAAGCAAUCAAAUUUGCGAAAUUUGCGACAGAAUUGGAAAUUGAUAAUGCAGAAUACCUAACGGAUGUAGCCAAGAUCCAUCUAUUGAUGGGGAACUUGAAAGAGGCCCAGCAGGAAUUUAGGACUGCUACAGACAUGGACAAGACUUCAAUACCUGCUUUAUAUGGAUUAAUUUCAUGCAAACUUGUAGAAGGAAAUGUGGAUGAUGCAAAUCAACAAUUGGAAUUUCUACGAGAAAUGGCAAGCUCCAUUGACAAGUCUCCCGAACUCUUGUACCUCUCUGCAAUUGUUGCCAGAGCUAAGAACCAGUCGAUGGAAGUGGUUGUAAAAUUUCUUGGUGAUGCUCUAGAAUCACAUUUUGCCAAAAUGAAAGGAUUUGCAUUCAAUAUUAAUUACCUCAAGCUUAUCAAUCCCGAUUUGGUUUUGAAAAUUGUGAACGAAUAUUUACAAUUUGCUCCUGAACAGCCAGUGGGGCCAGGGAUUCCUAUUCCAAUUGCAGUUAAACAGUCUGUAAUAAUUUUGGAUACAGUGAUGAAAGUUUGCCCGAGUCAUAGGGAUGCACUUUUCAUAAGUGCUCGAUGCAAAUAUCUGAGUGGGGAUGCGAGGAGUGCAAUUGGCACGUUGGACCAAUUAACCAAAAUUGAUUCCUCACUAAUGGGAGUACAUUUACUUCUUGCACAGAUCCACUUGUCACAGGACGAGUUUGAUCAGGCAUCAAAUGCUUUAGAUAAUGGACUCAGUUGCAAUUUCAAGAUCAGAGAGCAUCCAAAAUAUCAAUUGCUUCUGGCAAAAGUACAGAGACACAAGGGUGACCUGCGGAGUGCAGCCAGGACUUUGAAUACAGCCUCAACCAUUGCAAAGUCUUCAACGGGGUCAGGAAUUGGGGACUUUAAUCAGAUUGACAGAAUGGACUUGUACAUGGAACUUUUGUCCUUGUACCGACAACAAGGGAAUUAUGAGGACGCCGAAAACUGCAUGCAAGAAGCUCUGUCUGAAUUCAAAGGAACUCCGUUGGAAGGUCGAUUGGGACUUAUACAAGCAGAAGAAAUGAUAGACAAAGGUGAACUCGACAAGGCGAUUGCUCUGCUGAGAGCUGUUCAACCCGAACAAAGUCAUUUCCUGGAGUCGAGGAAGCUUAUGUCAGAAAUCUAUUUGAAUUAUAGGCCUGAUAAUGAGCAGUACAUUAAUUGUUUCACUGAAAUCGUCAACAAUAAUCCUGUGCCUGUAAACCUGGUUAUGCUUGCUGAUGCGUACAUGUCCAUUCAAAAUCCUGAUAAAGCUGUCGAGAUCUACGAAAUGGCUCUCGCCAAAAAUCCCCGUGAUCCCAUCCUAGCAUCAAAAAUGGGCCAAGCUCUCGUCCUCACACAUCAAUACAACAAAGCAAUCAACUAUUACAAGGAGGCUGUGAAAAAUGAUGACACUUUCUCCCUUCGAUUGGACUUGUCUACUUUACACAUGAAGUUGAAACAAUGGGACAAAGCGGAGAAAACCGUUCAGCAGGCUUUAAGUGAAAUGAACGACAGUACUUUGAAUUCAUUAAUGAUGCAAGUCAAGUUUUUAAUACUUUUAGCAAAGGUUCUUCAAGGCUCCGGAAGCAACAGUUUAGCUCAACAAAGUUUAGUCAGGGCGAAGGAGAGUCAAAAUCGAGUUCUGAAAAGGAUCAGCUUCGAGCAACCGUCAAACUUGGAAGAACAAAAAACCCAAUUUUGUACAAUUUGCAAGCUGCUUGGAGACGUCGCAGAUAGGCCGAACGAGAUCGAUUUUGCUAUAAGAAGUUUGAAAGAAGCCUUAGAGAUACGCCCAGAAGAUUGGCAGAGUUUGAUAGUGUUGGCAAAAUUAUUCAUGAAGCAUGGAAAUCACGUCCAAUGCCAGCAAACUUGUCAACAAUUACUGAAAGUUAAGAAGGAUUGUGUAGAAGCCAGUUUAAUGCUGGGCGAACUCUAUUUCAGAAAAGCAGAUUUUCAGAGUUCUUCAUUCCAUUUCCAGCAAUUUCUUGAUAGUAAUCCCACUAACUGGAGCUCUUUAAUGUGGUUUAUCGAAUGCGGCCGACGAAUGGGUAAUCUUUCCGAAGCUGAAGUCUAUUUGAAAGCUGCCUCCGCCGUUGCUGACCCGAAUGACCCUGGUUAUGGAUAUUGCAACGGGAUAUUUGAGUGGUACAGUGGAAACUCUAAUGCUGCCCUAAAAAUGUUAAACAAGGCGAGGAAAGACACAGUCUACGGUUCUAAGGCACUAAUAGCCAUGGUGGACAUUUAUAUUAAUCCAACUGGCAUCGUCAUGGGUGGGGAUGCGCUAGAAACUUCAGGAUCUGGGGAUAGUUUGGCAAAUGGGAGUGGAAUUAGGGCUGACUUCCGGGAUGUUACGCUAAACACGGCCGAAACAUUAAUCAAUGAGUUGAAUGCUAAAAGUCAGGAUGAAAAAUUUCGUCGUCAUAUUCUGGAAUGCUUUGUCUUGAUUGCCAGCAAAAAUAAGGCCAAAGUGGAGAAAGCUACUCAAGAGUUAUCUGGGCUCAUCACUACAGAUGCCGGAAAGGAUUCAGUGAUGUUGAUUUAUGCCCUGGCAACAGGGUACAUGUUUGCAAAACAGGUUCCCAAAGCACGAAAUCAACUGAAACGUGUUACAAAAUCUAACUGGUCAGUUGAAGAUGCCGAUUAUUUAGAACGAUGUUGGCUUCUCCUGGCAGACACUUACAUCCAAAAUUCAAAAUUUGACUUAGCCACAGAGUUGAUAAAGAAAGUCUUACAAUACAACAAAUCUUGUUACAAGGCAAAUGAAUAUUUUGGAUUUAUCAUGGAAAAGGAACAAGCUUAUGCGGAUGCUGCCGCAAACUAUGAAGCUGCUUGGAAAUUGACAAACUGUUCCAAUCCAGCCAUGGGUUAUAAACUUGCCUUCAACUAUUUGAAAGCAAAACGAUACACGGAUGCCAUCGACGUGUGUCACAUCGUGAUUGAUAAAUUUCCAACUUAUCCGAAAAUCAAGAAAGAAAUAUUGGAUAAAGCGAGGGCUAAUUUGCGGCCAUAAAUUAAGAAACUAAGAAAACUAUAAAUAUUUAUUUUGUUAUUUGUGUAGUACAUUGCCUCUCAUGCAUAAAAUUAGCAUAAUUAUUUUAUGUGCUUAAAACUGUUAUAAGCUCAAACAUAACUUGGAUAAAUUUCCAUCUUGAACAAUAGAUUGAAUACACAAUGAGA